CCAACGGCUUCAUGUGUGGAUGCAUCAACGCUCACAACACUUGGACUGUGCAUUUUUUAUCUCAAGAAUGCCGCCUUCUCUAGGAAUUAUGUCUUGGCAAAAGCAGCAUUUUCUGUGGCUGAUGAUCGUCUGUUGCGUUACGUGCCAGAUAACCGCAUAUAAAAUAAUGAUAAUUGGUGAGACAGAUACAUGUUUCUGGAGCUACAAUAGAUCAAUCUGUCCAGCUAUAAAUGUGACAUAUCCACCAGCAUCUGAAAUACUGAUAGGAAAUUUUUGCAUAAUGAACAUCAAACAAAACACCUCUUCCCUAGGAAAUUGCAGCACAUCAACCUUCAAUAUAGGUAAUGAUGGAGGGAAAUAUGAAGUAAGAAUGAAUAAGACGGAUGGCAACAUAUCAAUGUGGUUUUUCCCAAAUGGAUUUAAAUGUCUUCCUUCAGACGUCCUGAAUUCAACAGGAUGUACCACCGAAUGUACUCCCACCACCACCACCACAUCUUCCACAACCAGUCCUAAGAACCCUACCAACAGCUCUACCACAUGCACCAACACCAGUGCCAGUUAUCCAUGUCUAUUAACAGGUUGUUUAAAAAUCCCACAUGUUGUUCCUGAAGACAAAUGUAGAAACGCUACAUAUGAUAAUAACAAAUGCAAUGGGACAGAAGCAAGCAGAUACAUUCUGCAUUUUAAUGGGAGUGAAUGGAUGUGUGUGACCUGCUUUGAUGAAAGAUCAACCACCACUACACCAAUGUCACACACCUCAACUCCCUAUCCAACUACCAGUUCAACAUCACAUUCGACAACUCACAGUCCAACUACCAGUUCAACAUCACAUACGACAACUCCUGAGCCAACUGUCCCGUCACCUGAGAUGACUUUCAAUCUAUCAGCUGUGCAGGACAACACAAAUGGAUCACAGGCAAACAAUGUUGAGCCCCAAAAGGCAUCAGAAAACUUGGAAAAAAUGGAGUCCCUGGUGGAGCAGAUGGAAAAAGGCAAUAAAACCAAUGCGGCAAUUGUCAUGGGGGAUGUUAUUGGUGUUCUCCAAACACAACCCAAGAACAAGCCAACCAAAGACAUCAACAUAUGCUACUCUUCACAUCAGAACAUGAUAAACGUUGUUGAAAACAAGCAGACAGGUUUUCCCUGGUCUGUAAAGAUUCCCAGUGAGGCCUUUGAUAAAGCACGACUGGAAAACAAUGGAAGUGCAUUUGUUGGAGUUUUGCGAUUCACAAACAUGCAAAAUAAGGAUGAAACUAAAACUGUUUUGAACAAUGAGGUUUAUGGAAUAACGAUGGGGGCCAAUAUCUCGAACCUUACUGACAAUAUUGACAUGAUCAUUAAAAUUAAAAAUACGGGUGAAAAUAUAUCCUGCAAUUCCUGGAGUGGCAAAGGAGAACUUAACUGGACAACGUACGGCUGUGAGACGAACCAAAUCGACAAAAACACCAUAAAUUGCUCCUGCUCACAUCUGACGUUCUUUGCAGUUUUAAUGUCUCUGCCAGAUAACGUCACAACACCGCAUCUGGAAACACUGACCUUAAUUUCUUCAGUCGGCUGCGGCAUCUCCAUGUUUUUUAUGGCCAUCGCUUUAUUCAUGCAUUUCCUGCUACGGAAAGCCAAAUCAAAUCAGGCCACGAAGAUCUUGAUCAACAUGUUUGUGGCUUUGUGUCUACUGAAUGCUGCGUUUUUGUCAAACGAGAGCGUCGCUAACACACAAGACAACACUGCGUGCGUCUUCAUAGCGCUGGUCCUGCAUUACUCCAUGCUGGCCUCAUUCACCUGGUUCUUCAUUCAAGCUCUUCAUAUGUACUUAUGGCUCAUCAGACAGAACGUCACCAUCACAAACUACAUGAGGAAGAUCACCGUGUUGGGCUGGGCAUGUCCAGCUCCGAUAGUUGUAAUUAUAGUUUCUGUAGGAGGAUAUAAAGCAGUGAACCUAAACACAACGUCUGGAAAAAUCUCACGAAUGUGCUGGAUUACAAAUCCUUACAUUCACUACAUAGUGAACAUCGGCUACUACGCUUUAGUUUUCAUCUUUACGACAGGAAUCUUCAUCAUGAUCGUCACUAAGGUCAUUCAGGCCAGAAUCAUAAGAGCGACUGACGGCAAGAGAAAGACGUUCAGAAAGCAGCUGAUGAUGGUGUUGAGUUUGUUCCUGCUCUUCGGUCUGACGUGGUCUGUGAUGUUCUUCAGUUAUGGAGCGAUGAUCAUUCCCUCAUAUUACAUAUUCACUGUGCUCAACUCGUUUCAGGGGUUUUUCCUCUUCCUGUAUUACUACCACAUUCACAAUGACGUUGCGGGUCAUUUCUCCGAUGAUCCAGAAAGCACCGACUCCAACACAAGCAUUGCUUAAUCUAGCAUUAAUGCUGUGGAAAAUAUUUAUAAUUAGCAUAAUUAAGACAGAAGGUUUUCUUUGUCUAAAACUGAUUUGUACAGUCAUUUUUAAGAGGAAACUGUUUGUUCUCACGGAAAUCAAGCUCAAAAACAACACAAAGACAAAAGUCACUUCUGAACAAGAAAAAACUUUUUAAAUGAUGCACGCACAUUAAGUUAUCUGUGUUGAUCAUUACUGUAACUCUAUUAUUGUGGGAGGAUUGAAUUGUGCUUUAAAAUCUCUGAUUUGAUCUGAUAUUACUGUUGUUAGAUUUAUUAAGCGCUUUUAUCAUCCAUGUGAUCACAUGUUGUCAGAGUGACUCAAACAACGCUGAACCUUAUCUAGAAAACAAAUUUACAUCUUCAGGGUAAAAAUAAUGCCAACACGCCUUUGGAUUCAGAUAUUUGCAUAAAGCAGCUUACUAAAAUCCAUGUGCAUGGAUGUGAAACAUAUUUAGUUACUUGGAAACACAACAAACAAACAAAAAUCUGAAUCAGUUGUAAAUGUAUGUCAUUUAUAAAAUGACAAAAUAGUAAAACGUGCUAUUUAUUGUAAAGAAAGACCGUAAUUCAUUGUUUCUAUGAAAAAACUUGGUAUUUUCUAUAUGGGAAUCUGAUUGUAAAUAUUUGUUAAUUAAUCUAAAUAUAGCCUAGGUUAUGCUUUCCUUGCCUAUGCUUUACAGUGUUCAUUGUGAGCAAAAAUGACUUGAAAAACUGGAUCUAAAAAAGCUCAAAUAAACAUGAUUUGCAUGUUUCCAAAUGAACUGUAUGUCAGUGUCCAACAGCGCAUAAUCGAACAGCUUCACAUGUGGACACAUCAAACUCUCUUAACUCUUGGACUGUGGACUUUACCUCAAGAAAAUUAUUUAAUAUUUCUAUCCAAAACACUAACGUGUGUCUUUAUCAGACUGUUGUCUCUGGGAAUUAUGUCUUGUCUAAAGCUGAAUUUGUUGUGGCUGAUGAUUGUCUGUUGUGCUUCAUGCCAGAUAAGUAUGUCGCUAAAUAUUUUGCAAUGAUAUAUUAACGUGAUUGUUUGGUGUU